UGAUCUCUCGCGUUCAACAACUCGCACUGAUCCUCACCCUCCCUCUACUCACAUCUUCCCUGGACCAGCAUCAAACCCAGUGUGGUGUCCGGCGGAACCAGCACGAGUCGAUGAUCGUGUACGGCAGUGACACCCGGCCCGGCGAGUGGCCCUGGCACGCGGCCAUCCUCCACCGGACCGGUCGCUUCCUGGACUACGCCUGUGGAGGAACGCUCAUCAGUGAGGAGUUCGUGGUAACUGCGGCGCACUGCCUGUGCGAUCAGGACACCGGCCAUCAGCUGACCAAGCGAAAGGUCCGUGUCCGGCUGGGGGUGCACAACCUGGACAAGACCAACGCGGACACUGUGCGGGAGUUUGCAGUGGGGUCACUGCACUUUAGUGAGGACUACAGUCGGGAAACGAACCGUGGAGACAUUGGAUUGGUAGAGCUCACGGAGCCGGUUCAGUUCAGCAACUUCAUCCUGCCGGCCUGCGUCAACGGGUAUGGUCCGGUGCACGCGGAACUCGGGACGGUGAUCGGAUGGGGUGCCACGGAGCAUGAGGCCAUUUCACCGGUUCUGAGGAAGGCGACGCUUCCCGUGGUGGACAGCGUCGACUGUUUGGAGAGUGAUCGAGGGUUUUUCGGGUCGGUGAUCCACCGGGACAUGUUCUGCGCCGGGUUUAGCAACGGGACGGUCGUAUGCAACGGAGACAGUGGAGGGGGAUUGUUCGUGGAACGAAACGGGGUUUGGCUGUUGGCGGGAAUAAUUUCUUUUACGAAAGGUCGAGAGGACGGCAGUGGAGCGUGUGUGUCGCAGGGAUUCGCCGGAUUUACCAACGUGGCGCAGUACUCCGGGUGGAUCCAGAACAUGACCGGAGUGACGGUUCCCGUGCUGGAUGAGAUUGUCGAGCCGGAAGUUGACCAAAGGGAUUUGAGGCUGAGUGAGCGAUAUUGCUCCGUCUACCAGCGCCUUAAGGGAUCUGCCACAAAUCCGUGGGUCACGGCAAAAAUCUUCCACCGAAAGAGGCAGCUCUGUCUGGCUACUGUCAUCAGUGACCGGUACUUGCUCAGCACGGGAAGCUGUCAGAUUAAUGAGAAUGGAACUGUUUUGAAACCACUCUCGGCUAAAAUCACAACCAAGCGCUACAAAUUAACAAUUCCGGAAGUUGUUCCGAUUAUACGCCCAGAGGAUCCCAACAUUCUUCUAAUUGAUUUGAAGAAGAAAUACGAUGAAUUAAAACCAGACAUAACCUGCCUGUGGACCGAGCCAUUUCGCAUCGCCGAAGCGAGCGACGCCAACCAGACAAUUUCCGGCCGGAAGUUGAUCCUGAACGAUACCCGGCACUGCCCGCGCGAAACUUUGGGCAAUAGCCUAACGCGGCGAAAACCGGACGAAAAGCACUCCCGCCUGGUGGGCCCCCUAAUCCGGUGUAAUCCGGUGACUUAUGCGCGGCUCAUGUCGCUGGAUUUGGACUGGAUCGAGAGCGUCGUGUGGCCGGAAGCUUUCCAAGAAGCUACCACGGAGAGUACCGGCAAAAAGGUGGCUGAAUAUCUGGAGGUCAUCGCCAAGGGGGUUAGCGCUUUGGCGAAUCUCAACGAAAUGGCCAACGGCGGUGAUGGCGGUGGCGGCAGUUUCUCAACCGUAAUUUCAAACACCGUGAGCAACAACGCGAACAAUAAUGUACGAAUACGCUACAAUUGAAAAAUGAAAGUUC